AUGAUAUAUCCUGUAAAUACGUUAUUAGUUUUCUUAUCUUUAUGCUGUUUUAACAACUUAUCAACUACGUAUUGUAUGGAUAUGAAUGUUAGCAUGUCUGUCCAAAAUGCUAUAGAAAUAUUCACAACUAUUAUGCGUUCCUUAAAUACGGUCGAUAAACAAGUAUUCUUAUCAUUUGUUGCUGAUAAUUGGAAACCUCAAGAAAUAAAGAUUCAAUCUGUUUCAAAUGGUAAUUGUUAUAAAGAAUGUAGUUUGCAGGAAAAAAAAUUAAAUGAAAUAAAAAAAAUUAUUAUUGAUAUAAGAGAUAGAAUACCAUUUGAUGGUAUACUUUCAUCAGAACACAUUGUACCACCAAUAAUUGGAGAGAAUUCAGACUGUGAUAAUAAAUCAACAAAACAUAUUGAUGCUUUUCUUUAUGAUGAUGAAGAAGUAGAUGAACUUAUAGAAAAGGGAGAAUUGAAUAAUUUAUAUUGUUCCGAUUGUGGAUCUACUAAUAUAAAACAAUAUAAUAUUAUAUCACAUUCCAUGUCAGUAUCUGAUAUGUUGUAUAUAUUUCAUAAUAUUUUACCAUAUUUGAAAGAGAAAAUUCUACUUGAUAUAGGAUCUCGAUUGGGUGCUGUUUUAUAUGGAGCACACAUAUUUACUUCUGCCAAAAAAAUUAUUGGAGUUGAAAUGAACAAAGAACUUUGUUCACUACAGUGUGAUAUAAUAAAUAAAUACAACAUGAAUGAUCGUAUUGAAAUUGUGAAUAAAAGAAUUGAGAUGUGUCCUGAUAUAAUACAGAAAAGUAAUAUUAUCAUUAUAAACAAUCCAUUUGAGUUUUAUGUUUCAGAAUUAGAACAUAUAAAAAUUUGGAAGUUUUUGAAAACUAACAUUCAAAGUGGAACAAUUCUAAUUACUAAGCCAUCUAUUGAAAUUACUUUCAAACAUUUAAAAACUGGAAUAAUAUUAGAUAAAUGGGUAAAAUCUUACAAAUCAAAAAAAUAUAAAAAAGAAUCUCAAAUAUUUAUAAAAUCCACUGAAAAUCCAGAUAUUAAAUUUUAUGAAGUAUUAUAAAAACACCAAAAAUUGUAAAUGUAUAAAUAUUAUGUAAAACAA